CUGUUUCCGGGAUGUUUGGUGAUGUGGCUCUGGAAUCCUGGAGACGAAAUUGAUCAAAUAAACCACGCAGCUCUUCCGUGCGCCGAUUAAACAGGUCAGCCAUGUUUAGCCGGCUGACCCAAGGGGUGUCCUCGGUUCUCCAUGAGCUCUCGGGUGAGGAACGCUCUGAUGGAGACUUCCAGCAGGAUGGUCUGGUGCCACAGCCUGUUACUGCUGCCGAAUCAUCCCAAGAGGGCCCGGGACCCUCAGAAGAGGUACUGGAGAGGCUUGCCCAGACUGAACAGCUGGUGGUUCACCUAAAGGAGCUGAUUCGAGAGAAAGACAGCCAGCUCGCCAGCACUGAAAAACAGCUCAAGGAGGAGAAGGAGCAGGCAGAAAUCAAGUUUACGAAGCUUAAAAUGCAGGCGAAGGCCAAGAUGGCCUCCUUAAACAAACAGAUCACUGAGCUGAAAGGACAAGACGUGUCAAACAGCAGUCAGAAUUCAGAGAGCUCCUUCCAAAUGGCUCCAGGAGUGGAGGAGGAGCUCCAGCAGCUGAAGGAAAAGCUCAGUCAGGCAGAGUUGGCCAAUAAGAUGCUCCAGCAGCAGCUCUGGGAGGCUGAGCAGCGUGUGAGAGAGGAGGGUCAUGCAGAGCAGGUGCGAAUCUUGCAAGCUGUGGUGAAGGAAAAAGAUGUUCGAUUUCAAGAACAAAUCCUCAAACAUGAGCAGGAACUCCUUAGUCUUUCACAAGCCACAAAUGAUGCUGACUUGCAGCAGGCUCUUCGUGCUUCCCAGAGGCGAAUAGAGGAGUUGGAGGAGUCCUUGCGUUCUCGUUCAGAAGUCCUAGAAAUGUUGCAGCAGGAACUCAACAGUGCAGACCAGCAGAAACAGAUUCUGACUACUCAGUUCAGGCAGAUGGAGCUGGAGUUGGCAGAAGCCCAAAGACUGAGGGAAGAGGAGAGGAAAGCUGAGGAAGAACUGCAGGCUCUAAGAGUCAAACUAGAGAUUUUAGAGAGUGAACGAGACCACACCACCAGUUCUCUCAAUGCUGAAUUGCUGAAAAAGACUGCAGAGAUGGAUAAAAUGAGAGCAAAACUUGAAUCUGAAGAAAAGGAGAAAAAAGAAAUGCUGGAGAGAUUGAAAGAAAGAGAGACUGGCUUUGAGGCACAGCUGGCCAACAUGAAAGUAUGUCUAGAAGCCAGAAUGGAGACGUCAGAGAGUGAGAGAGAGCAGACCAUUAAUGUUCUUAACAUCAACAUCACCCGUCUCAAUGCUGAGUUACUGAAAAAGACAGCAGAGUUGGAUGAAAUAAGUGCGCAUCUUCAAUCUGAGCAAAGAGAGAAGGAAGAAAUGCUGGAGAAAUUAAAAGAAAAAGACACUAACUUUGAAGCAGAACUUGCCAACAUGAAAGCAUCUCUAGAAGCUAGAUUAGAAACAGAGAGUGAAAAUGAACAGACUAUCAGUGCACUUAGAGUUGAAUUACAAACAAAAAUGGCAGAGCUGGAUGAAAUGAGAACGAAGCUUGAAUCUGAAGAACGAGAUAAUAAGGAGAUACUUGAGAAGUUUAAAGAGCGAGAGAUCAGCUUUGAGGCUGAACAGGCUAACAUAAAAGCAUCUCUAGAGGCUAGGUUAGAAACAUCAGAUAGUGAAAAAGAGCAGAUCAUCAGUGCUCUCAAUGCAGAAUUACAAAUAAAAAUCACAGAACUGGAUGAAAUGAGAGCAAAGCUUAAAUUUGAAGAAUGUGAAAAGCAAACAAAAGCAGUCGAGUUGGAUGAAAUGAGAGCAAAACUUGAAUCUGAAGAAAGAGAGAGAGACCAAUUGCUUGAGAAGUUUAAAGAGAGAGAAACUAGCUUCAAUGUUGAGCUAGCUAACAUAAAAGCAUCUCUAGGAGAUAGUUUAGAAACAUCAGCAAGUAAAAACGAGCAAAUCAUCAGUGCUCUCAAUGCAGAAAUGCAAACAAAAAUCACAGAACUGGAUGAAACGAGAGCAAAACUUGAUUCUGAAGAAAGAGAGAGAGACCAAUUGCUUGAGAAGUUUAAAGAGAGAGAAACUAGCUUCAAUGUAGAGCUAGCUAACAUAAAAGCAUCUCUAGGAGAUCGAUUAGAAUCAUCAGCAAGUGAAAACGAGCAAAUCAUCAGUGCUCUCAAUGCAGAAAUGCAAACAAAAAUCACAGAGCUGGAUGAAAUGAGAGCAAAACUUAAAUGUGAAGAAUGUGAAAAGCAAACAAAAAUUAUUGAGCUGGAUGAAAUAAGAGCAAAACUUGAAUCUGAAGAAAGAGAGAGAGACCAAUUGCUUGAGAAAUUUAAACAGAGGGAAACAAGUUUUGAGGCAGAGCUAUCCAACCUAAAAUCAUCUCUAGAGGCUAGAUUAGAGACAUCAGACAGUGAAAAAGAGCAGACCAUCAGUGCUCUCAAAGCAGAUUUACAAAAAAAGACUGCAGAAUUUGAUGAUUUGUUGGAGAAACUUACAGCUGAAGAGAAAGAAUGGGCGGAGACAUUACAAGAGAGACAAACAAGCUUUGACAGAGAGCUCAGCAACCUCCAAGGCUGUCUGGAAGUUGCAGAGAAACAGAAAGAGGAAAUGACAAAGCAGCUUGAGAUGGAAGCAACAAGUCACAUGGAAAAGCUUCAUCAUCUUCAGGAAAAGCUUGAUGAAGUAGAAAGGGCAAGAGAAGAAGAAUCUAAGAAUGAAAAAGAUCGCUUGGCACAGAUGCAAUAUGAGCUUGAGUCCUUGAGAGAGACAUUAGGUGCCAGUAAUGCAGAGCAAAAAGCAGGGCUGCAAGCCAAGAAUGCACUGGAAAAGCUUUGGAAAGGGAUCCAAUCGUUGACAACUUCUGGGGAGGCAGAGGUAGAAAUAUCAGUUCCUACUGACCCUGCACAGAUCUUAGAGGUGUUACCUGCUCUACAAACUCGGCUGAGCAAACUUACGGAUGAACAGCAGGAGAGUCAAGCACGCCUCUCCCAGAUCACACUCACCCUACAGUCUCUGCAAGGUCAACUGGAUAAAAGCACAGCUGAGGGAGAGGAGUCAGUUGCUAGGAUACAAGAACUGGAGCAACAACUUGUGACUGUUCAGGUUUCUGGUGAGUCAUUGGGGGAUCACGUGACUGACCUGUCUGUGAGGGAUUUGGGCAGGACACACCAGGAUAACACUGGAGAUGGACAUUCAUCAGAAAAUCAAUUAAAGAAAGAUCGGAUACUGUUUCUAGAGCAGCAGCUUGCAGAAAGAGAAGAAGAACUUUUUGCUCUCAGAGAAAAACUGUCACUCACCACCAGCCAGUCUCUGAAUAUCCCAGAGGAAAGUGUAGUCAGCAUAAGCAGAGACAUUGCUGGGUUGGACAACUCUGAUGUUCUUGAGGUUUCACAAGAGGAGGAGACAACACUUGUGGCAGUAGACGCCUCUGUUCUCUCUGUCUCUGGUGGCAAUGACAGUAGCCCAGAGCUUAUAGCACCUCAGCCCGGGUCUCCUGGAGAAUCAAAGGGUACUUCUUCAGAUGAGAUGGUGACAAGUAGUGAUUCAGAGGUGGCCCAUAGUAGCUGGACUCUUCUGGAGGCAGUCAACCAAGAUGCGACUCAAGAAUGGCAGUCCCACAUUCAGGACUUUGCCUCUCUGCGCUUAUCCACACAGUCUUGGGAAGAGACCUCUGAAGAGCAGAUUGCACCAAACAGCUGCAUAGUUGAUAUUGAAGCACCAUCUUUAGUUAUUCAUGAAACUGUGCAGGUACGUCUUGCUCAACAGGAGGGAAGUCUAUUAAAUACAGAUCCAAGCACCGGUCAGACUUUUGCACAGGUCUUGGCUGAAGAGAUUCAGAAAAGGUAUAGUGAAAUUCUGGGUGAGCUUCAGCAGUUUAAAGACUCAGCCUUGCAAUCACAGGAGAAAGUCUACCAGCUGGAGGAGGCGUUGGAGUCACUUACUGCUUACAAAAAUGAGGCAGAGUCCAGGGCAAACAUCUUUGAGAAAGAGCUGAUUGAAACUAAGGAGUUGAUUAAACAAGAAAAGUUUAAUGGACAAAGUGCCGCUGAGCAGUUUCAGAAUUUGAAGGAAGAGGUUCAGUCUAAGGAUGAUAAGCUGCAAAUUUUACAAGCAGCUUUUGAUGAAGCACAGCAAAGACUUGAUGAAACCCAGCAAAGACUUGAUGAAGCCCAGCAAAGAGUUGUUGAAGCCCAGCAAAGAGUUGCUGAAGCCCAACAAAGACUUGAUGAGCAGGAAGGUCAAGCCAGAAUGCUGGCUGCUCAGUUGGAAGAAAGAGAGCUCAGUUUCUCUGAACUGGAACAGAAACUCCUGGACAUAGAGGGAAGAUUAGUGCAGGUCUCUCAUGAGGCGGACACGGCCAAAGCCACCAUUGUGGACAGGACUGCUGAGUUGGAAGACCUACAAAAGUGUCUUUCACAGAAAGACCAGGAAAUGAUGGAACUCAGUAAUAGCAUGAGUGUCAAACUGCUCCAGGCAGGAGAGGAAAAAUUUGCAUUAUCUGGUGAAGUUAAAAAGCUAAAAGAUCAAAUUAAUGAACUUGAGAGUAUAAAGAAUGACCAGCAGAAAGUCAUAGAUGGUCAAACAUCUGAAAGUGAGCAGUUUGUUGCUUUACGAAAGGAAAAAGAGGACUUGGCGACUCAAAUGGCUGCCAUGAAGAAAGAUGGAGAACACAUCAAGAGAAAGCUGCAGGCAGCUCUGAUUCAGCGGAAAGAACUGAUGAAAAAAGUUGCAGACUUUGAAAAGGAGGCUGAGAGCAGGGAAGACAAGGAAAAAGAUGGUUAUGAGGAAAUAACUAUUCAGUUCAAAAAUGAAAUUAAGGAAAAAGAGCUAGAAAUACAGAGACUUGAUGCCUUAUUACAAGAAACUAGAGAUGUUUUAAAUUUAAAAGAAGAAACUUUAGUAAGUCUGAAACAAAAAAUUAGUAACCAGGAUCAAGCAUUGACUGAGUCACAUGCAGAAAUUCAACGACUGACAGAGCAGUAUGUAGAAAUAAAUGAACAACAUAUGUCACAGGUGGAUGAGGACAAAAUAGACUUUUCGCAGAUAGCAUCCAUGGAAUCUGAAAUCGAAACAAUGCGUGAAAAGUUUCAGCAAUCCACUGAUGCUUAUGAGGAUGCUGUUAUGAGUACUCAAGAGAAAGAACGUCACCAUCUUGAGCAGACAAAACAAAUGAAAGAGGAGUGCAGGGACCUUCUUGAACAACUCAAUACUGAGAAAGGAGAGAAAACUGGGUUAUUGAAUCGCAUUAUGGAGCUAGAGGGUCUACUAGAAUCAAAGAAUACUGCAGACAAAGUGGAAAGUGUAAAUGUUGGGCCUACAACACAGAAUCUUGAGAAACCAGAGACAAACGAUUGGGGUCAGGAGGAUUGGGUUGAUUUUGCCACAACUGAGACUGAGACACCACAAGAGCAAUCUCAACAGCCCAUGGUGAAAAAUUCUGAGGACAUUAUAGAUGCUCUCCAGGAGGAAUUAAAAUUUGAACGGGCUGCUCAUGCAGAUUUACAAGUACGUCUACAUGAGAGCCAGUCAUCUCAAUCACUGACAGAUAGUAAAUUCAAAGAGCUUUGUAAAGAACAUGAAGCCUUGAAAGAAAAGGAGAGGCAUAUUGAUGCUCUCACUGAGGAAAUAGAGACUCUCAGGGAGAAAUGUCAGCGAGCUGAAGCUCAUGCUGAGAAGCUGAAAGUAGAGGUGGAUGAAGCUUGGGAGGCAGCUAAAAGAAGCAUCUCUGAUGCAGAGUCUCCAAUUAAAGCUCUUCAGUCGGAAGUAGAAGAAUUUAAACAAUUUCUUAAAUGCAAGAAUGAUGAGAUUGUUGAUUUAAGCCAACAGCUUAGUGAACAAAGUUCUCUUCUACUUAAGAUGCAAGAAACUGUACAGGAAAAAGAUCAGCAAAUUGUUUCCCUCCAACAAGGGCUAAAAACUGAGCAAGAUAGGGUUCAGAAACUAGAAGCGGAACUGCCACAGCGUGAGGAAGAAGAGAAGGAUAAUGGUGUCAAACUCCAACAGUUGCAACGUAAACUGCAGGCUGCUCUUGUGUCACGCAAGGAGGCACUUAAAGAGAAACAGGCGCUAAAGGAGGAACAGGCUGCUGCAGAAAAAAACAAAUUAGAACUACAUCAGAAGCUGGAGUUAAUAGAGAUGGAGCUACACAAGUCAAGAGAAGAGAGGGAGAAGUUAAUUAAAGAGGUGGAUCGAACUUUGUUGGAAAACCAAAGCCUGAGUGCCUCAUGUGAAAGCCUGAAACUUGCUAUGGAGGGUGUUUUGAAUGAAAAGGAUGCAUGCAAACGUCAAGCUGAGAUUGCCAAAGAGGAAUCCGAACAAGUGUGCAGGCAGCUGGAGGAAAAGGUGCAAAACAUGAAAGAAGAGUAUGAAUCCCUCCUUAAGUCAUAUGAAAAUGUGAGUGAUGAGGCAGAACGAGUGAGAAAAGUGCUUGAAGCUGCUCGACAGGAGAGGCAGGAAUUAGCUACCAAGGCACGAGCUCAUGAGGCAGCCAGACAAGAGGCAGAAAGGUUAGCUGAGGAGGCUACGAAGGAGGUGGAUGUUGUAAAAGAUAAAAUGAGGAAGUUUGCCAAGGUCAAGCAUCAGAAGAUUAUGGAUCUAGAAGAGGAGAAUGAAAGGCUUCGGGAGCAGGAAGAGAAGAAACUGACCAAACAUACAGAAACUGAUGUGAAACAAGAGCUUGAGAGAAUCAAACAAGAGCUUGAAAUAUUGAAAGCAAAUUACAAUAAAGCUGUGGAUGAUAAAAAGUCUUUGGAGCUUGAAGCUGAGGAGUUGAGACUGCGUUUGGAGAAAAUUGACAGAAAAGGCGUUGAAACCCUUGACACAUGCUCUGUGGAAACUAUUAAAGAGGUUAAAGUAAUCGCACAGCAGAACAGUCCUGAUUUAAUUGAAAUCCAAGAGUAUCAGUGUGACAGCAUAUUCCCAGAGGCUAAUCUUACUAAACCAUUGGAAUCAAUUCACACUGAACCUCACCAAGAAGUGACAGAAGUGCAAACAAAGAUUGAGAUUACAACUCAAACAGAAGAGAGACUCAAAGAACUGGAGACCUCUUAUGAAAUUGCAGAGAAUAAGAUAAAGGAACUUGAAGGUGCCCUUGAGGACCACAUGGAAUCUAGAAACAAUCAAAUUCUUGAUGCAGAGCUUACCUCCAUCAAACAACAGCUUCAGGAGUCUUUAGAAAGAGAAGGCAUCCAUAAAGAAGAGAUCUCUAAGAAAGAGAAUCAACUACAGGAACUUCGCAGGAACCUUGAGGCUGAAAGGGAUGACCUGGAGGAGAGGCUGAUGAACCAACUGGCUCAACUCAAUGGCAGCAUUGCUGGUUAUCAGCAAGAGGCGUCUGAUGGUCGUGAUCGACUCACAGACAUGCAGAGGGAUUUGGAGAAAUUGGAGAGAGAGCGGGCUGAGUUGGAGGCUGAGGUGUUAAGUGAGAGGGACCGGGCAGCCAGGAUGGAAGAGGACAUGAGGCAGGCCCACCGAGAAAGAGCAGAGGCUGAGGCUGAGACAGGCAAACAGAGAGAGCUGGAGCAGAAAUUGAAAUCAGCACAGAGGUUUAAAGAAGGUAGUCAAAACAGAACGCGUCAGCUUGAGGAAUUGCUGAGGGAGAAGCAACUUGAAGUCCGCCAGCUACAGAAAGACUGCAUCGGGUACCAGGAAAGAAUAAGCGAACUGGCUAAAGAAGUUAAGUCAUUGUUGCUGGUAAGAGAUGAAGUGAGGGCAGAACUUGAGGCAGCACGCUUGGAAAUUGCAUAUAUUUUGCAAGACAAAGCUACCAUUGCAUCUGAACUUUCAACAUACAAAGGGAAGCUAGACAUGGCAUUGGAAGAGGCAAAGCAGGCACAGGCAGACAAGCUUUCUGCUGAACAAUUUAUACAACGUAAAGAGGCAGAGUUAACAGCAGAUGCUGAGCGUACCCUAGAUGAAGUCAGGUAUCGCCUUGGAGCUGAGCUUAAACAGAUAGAAUUAAGACUAGAGAAAUCUUACCGUGACCGUGAAAGAGAAGAAGAGGCAACUCUGGAGGCAAGGAGAAUUGCAGAGGCCGCAGACAGGCAUGCCCAGGAAACGCAAGCUCGUCUAGAUGAAGCGCUGGCUCGGUUGGCAGCCUUUUCUCGUUCCAUGUCAUCCCUGCAAGAUGAUCGUGACAGAGUUCUGGAUGAAGCCAAGCAGUGGGAAAAUCGUUUUCAUAGUGAGUUACAAGAAAAAGAGGCUGAUGUUCGAGAAGCAGAGACUCGCGCUAAAGAACUUGCUGAACAACUCCAGAGGGAGAUGACCCAAAAAGAGGAGCUGCAGAGUUUAUUGGAAAGAACGCAAAAGGGAGAAGAAAACCUACAACUAGAGCUGUCUUCAGUAGAGAAGAAGCACAAUGAAAGCCUUGCUGCUCUUGAAAAAGAAAGAGAGGAUUUGCAGCAGAAGCUCACUCUGGUAGAGAUCAACCUUUCCCAAGCUCAUUCCCAGCUUGCUAGCCUAGAGACUGAGGCAGAGGGACUACGGCACCGCACAAAAGCUCUAGAUGAAGCAGUGGACAAGCUUCGAAAUGAUGCUGUUGAGGCUCGUGCAGUGAUUAAAGAAAGAGAGACAGAGGAAAGGAGACUGUGCUUGAUGGUGGAGCAACUGGAGACAGACCUAGGAUCUUCAAAGAACCUUACUGAAACACUUCAGGUAGCGUUGGGUGAAGAGAAGCGGGAGGUGGAGCUCCUUGGUGAGAAGGAGCAAGCUGUGACACAGGCUGUAGAGGAGGCUAGGAAGGAUGCAGAUGCAAGGGCAGAGAUGGCAGAGAAUGAGCUGGAGAAGAGGAGAGAGGAGUUGCGUGGAUUAGAGGAGAGACUUCGUAAGGCUGAGGAGGACACCUUUCAGAGCAGAGCUCAACUGGAGUCCUUUACCAAGGCUAUGGGCUCUCUGCAGGAUGACAGAGACAGAGUUCUUAGCCAAUACAAGCAGCUUGAGGAAAAGCACCUCCAGGUUAUGAUGGAGAAGGAUAGCCUAAUUCAGGAGGCUGCAGGUGAAAACAACAGGUUAAAGGAGGAGCUUCGAGCCCUGUUGUCACAGCGGGAUGACCUCAAUGCUGAUAAUGCCAAGUUGGCUGCCCAGCUUCAUGGCUACAGAAAUGACCUGAACCAGGUUCUUACUAUGAAGGACUCCCAGCACAAGCAGAUUCUUGCUACCCAGGUAGAGCGCAUCAGUUUCCUAGAGAGAGAAAGGGAAGAUCUUGUGAACCACAUUCAAGCUCUUGAAAGAGACAUUGCACAAGGCAAGGCACCACUGCUGGAGCAGGAAAACUCGAGCCAGGCUAGUGAAGGAAGCGUUGAUAAGCAAGAUGCACCAGGGGCAGAAGUGGAAAAACUGAGGGAGCAGCUCCAAGCUGCCAGAAAACGCAUUACUAAUUUGGAAGAAACAUUGGAAUUGGAAAAGGAGACCCAGACAGUCCACAGCAAAGAAUUAAAAGAGCUGCAAUGGGAAGGUUGUGUUUUACGAACUGAAGCUGAAACAGCUGAGGAGAGGGUGGCGGAGUUGGCACGAGACCUAUUAAUGAUGGAGCAACAGCUUCUGGAGGAGAGAGAAGCAGUCUCUCAGCUUCGAGUUCAGAACCAGUCUUUUGGUCAAGCCAUGGCCACUCUGCAGGAUGCAAGAGAUCAGGCUGUCAAUGAAGCUAAGGAACUGCGCCUCAGGUUUGAUGACAUAAACCGGACAGGUCAUGCCAUUUCUUCCCCAAGUGACUCAAAAGGAGAAGUGUGGAGCCUAAAAAAUGCCCUGUCAGCAUUGCAAAAUGACAGGGAAAGAAUGCUGGAACAGAUGCAAGUGCAACGGUCUGAGUUGGAUCGACUCACUCAGGCUCUGGAAGCCGAGAGAAGAAGAGCAGUGGAGCGAGACGAAAAGGCACAACUGAGCAGCAGAGAUGUUCACAUGGACAGUGAUAAACAAGAACUGGAAAUGCUUAGGCUUGAGAGGAUGGACUGGCAGGGCCAGGCCGAGCUCUUGAAGCAGCAGACCCUGACUACCCUCUCAGCCAGGGACCAACAGAUUCGCCAGCUUACUGCCAUGCUGGAGGAAGUACAGGCAUCAAAAUUACAGCACCAGCACACACAAAGACAGGGAAGACUUGCAUUAGAUGCUGCCCCCGGUGGCCCUCUAGAGCACAACGAAGGAUACAAAGCAGAGUGCAUUGAGCUCCAGAGAAGGUUGGAUGAGGAGUCAGAACUGAGACUCAGAAUAGAGGAGCAGCUCAUUGCCACAGAGGAUCGCCUCAAACGCUAUACACAGGGGGAGUGGCAGACACCAUCUAUGAUGUCAGAGACGGCUGUUCUUAUUGAGCCACAAGAGGGCGCUGUUACACGGACUCGUAGUGGUGGACCUGGGCUGCUGCGGAUGUUGAGGGUUGCCUUCUGUUCCCGCCAGCGCACCCCUCUGCUGGUGUCACUGUAUCUGCUGACUGUUCAUGUGCUGCUGCUGCUAUGCUUUGGAGGAUAUCUGUGAGAGAGACUCAUCAUGCUUUAGUGAGACAAAGAGAGACGGUUACAUACAAACUCACUUGUUAAAACAAAUGAACACAUCAUAUAACAGGGUUAUUAAUUUAACAUAUUUCCUUGCUUAUUUACCAAAGUUACAUUUGAUCUGUUUGUUUGUUUUUUUAUCAGAGAGCUCUGACGAAAAUAAUUUCCACCCAGUUUUAAUGGGGCUUAUCCAGACUGGUAACACUAGAGCACUACCUGCACUUCCUCUAAAACAUUAUUUACCCUUUAAGAAUGACUUCAUUAAUGAAGGAAUCGUUAAAUUAUGUAGGUGAAGUUGACAUGGACACAGUGUCAGCAUCUUUUUUCUGUCUUAACAUGGUUUUGAAAUUGCAUAACAGUAGACAAACAGGCUACAUUCCACUUUUCUGUAAUGAUUUUUCUUGGUGUGUCUAUAUCUGCAUAAUGUCAUCUUACUCAGAUGUGAAGUAAUGGCAAAGCUGACAAAGAUACUGUACUUGUUUGCAUGGCAAGACGUAAGAAGUUUGUCUUAGUGUGCUGACUGUUUCUCUUUUAUGGCAGAUUCGUUUGCCAGCUUGGUGCAAUACUGUCAUUUAUUUUUGUUUGUUUUAAUUUUUGUUGUUUUUUCCAGUUUGUUUGUUUGUUUUUUGGAGUUACUUUUUUUUUUUUUUUUAAACACACUAAAGUUUCAUCUGGACGACUAUUACAUGCAUUCACCCUGAUUCAAGGCUCAAAUGAAAUAAUUCAUACUUGCAUAAAUUCCUUGCCAAUUUCUGUUUUGUUUCCGUUUAAUAUACACUUCAAGUGUUUCAGGUUCUACUCAAUUUCUGAGCCAGAGACAGAUUUCCUAUUCUCACUUCACUCCUGUCCCUCUGAUCUGUUUGGGCUGUACAGGGCUGGAUUAGAUUGUGAUACAAAUGUUGUCACUACUUACAGUGAGAUUUGAAGCACAGCCCUGUGAGUGUUUAAUCUGUAAAAUCUGUGUAAAUGAUUAUUUCUCUCCCUCCUGCUACCCUGUUGUAGCAGCUAUUUUUUGGAAAUAAAGUCUAUUUAUGGGAAGACACGCA